AUCAGCCCAGCUCAGCUGUUGUGCUAACGACUGGCAAAUGAAGUUUUUCUUCGCCGUUAUAUACCAUGUAUAUAGAUUUAGCAGUUGAUUAUUUGUAGUAUUAGGUUUAUCAGAAUAUCCACUCUUCUGGUCUUACCAGAAUAGAAGUCGCAGUACACUCUUGAAUCCUAUUUACGUGGAGGAUCAUACCAGAGUGGUGAAACCCCUGGUCGUUUUUGCUAACGAUAGCUCAAAGUCAGCUAGGUAUCGUUACUAGUGUAACGUAGCUAGUUUAUACCACAUUGUCACAUCGACCUCGACAGUGGACUCAUCAUUUUAACAGUUUUGUGAACAACGGAAGCGCCGUCACGGAGGAUUCUUUUGGGGAAGGGCUAGUGUAUCGGCUAGCUUGCAACGCUAAUCAGAUAACCAGUUGUCAUCGGUGGUGGGUAGCAGCAUGGACUUUGAAAAUGUCCUGGCAAUGGCUUCUCAAAACCAGGGCCUCAGUAGCCUUCCGAAGCGGUACAGUUUACAAACUGGCCCACCGAAGAAGGAUCCCAGAGUUAAAGGCGUCAAUUCAGCAGCGGUUCAGGCUUUCCUGAAGAAACAGGAGACUGUCCAGAAAAAGAAAGUACAACAGAUGAGGAAGGAGAAAGAGGUGCUUCAGGCGAAGCGUGAGGAAUUGAAAACGGACAGGAAGGCUCGCGCGAUGGCGUCCCGCACAAAGGAUAACUUCCACGGUUACAAUGGUGUCCCCAUAGUGGAGGUUCCAAAGAAGAGGAGAUCCAAAGGGGAGGGCAGAGAGGACGAUGACCACGAGAGGGGUGAAGGGUAUGAGGAUGACGAAGACAACUAUGAGUACGGAGAGACAGACUCUGAAUCUGAGCCGGAACCUCUUCCAGAGAGGCCAGUGGCGAAGAGCCAGGUGCCCAGCAAGUCCAUUUCUAAAUCUGUGGCUAAGAAGCCUGGGGGCCCAGCCAAGGCUGCACCCCCACCCAUGAACUUUGCAGAGUUGCUGAAGCUCGCCGCGAAGAAGCAGCACGAACCGGUCGAGCUAAAACCAGUGCCAAAGAAGAGCGAGGAUCGGCCGCGCAGCGCAGAGGACCUGAGGGAGCUCGAGAUCGAACGCAGGAUCAAGGAACGGCGGCAACAGGAGAAAGGGCGGGACACCAAGCCCGAGCUCAAAAGCAAAACACAGCUCAGCUCGAGCGCUCACAGGAAGAGCGUCCCCGAGAGAGACGGCAGGGGAGGCAGCAAGCCGCACAAGAGUCUCCCGGAGAAGUCCUCCUCCAGCGAGUCCAGCAGGAAGCCAAAGCCCCACCACGGGUCUGGAGAGCGGCCACACAGCUCAGCCAAGACGUCUCUCUCGGACCGACCAAAAUCUACCUUAAACUCCUCAGGUUCCUCUGGUGGCAGCAGAGUGCCGACAAAGGCCAGCUCGCAGGCGUCUGCCAAACAGUCGUCGGCGAGGCCCUCCUCAAGCCAGAGACCGCACAGCGCCACAAGUGACCUUAAUCCAAGGAAAGGGAACCACCCGCCUUCUUCAGGUAAGCCAAGUUCUUCUGGGACCAGACCCUCGGGUGCCAGCCAAGGAGCACAGCGCAGCAGCUCGGGUCAGAGUCGACCUGGCCAGGGCAGCUCGGACAGAGGGUCGUCUUCCGGGAGGGCAGAGCACCAGCGACCGGGGGGCAGCCAUGGAGGUGCCCCUCGGCCGAGCAGUAACGGACAAAUGCGGCCGGUGUCUGGUGGAGCAGCAGGAAAAUUGGGAGGCUCAGCGCAGCAGAGACCGGGGGGAAGCGCGCAAGGGAGGCCCGGCAGUAGCGUUCAGGCAAGGCCUGGAGGUAGCGUACAAGGGAGGCCAGGGAGUAGCGUACAAGGCAGGCCUGGGGGAACCGUACAAGGGAGGCCGGGGGGAAGUGUACAAGGGAGACCUGGGGGUAGCAUACAAGGAAGGCCUGGAGGUGGAGGGCCUCGGCCUGCAGCUGCCGGAGGAAUGCCGGGGAGGGCAGGGGGUGGCGGUGGGCCCUCAGGGCCUGGCCGACCAAAGUGUACUGUGGUGGCCGAGACCAUCUCCUCUAAGAACAUGGUGCCAAAACCUGGAAUGGCUCCCAGACCAGGAAUGCCGCCUAGGCCUGGAGGACCCCCUAGACCAGGAAUGCCACCCAGACAAGGAAUACCAGCAAGACCUUACGGCCAAGGACCCCCUCUUCGGCCUCCUGGUGCGAUGUUGCCACCCAUCACGUCUACCUACAAACGGCGAUAUGAUGAUGACGAUGAGGAGGAUGACGACCCAGAGAUGGACGACUUCAUAGACGAUGGAGGAGAUGAUCAAGAUGAAAUUUCAAAACAUAUCAGGGAAAUAUUUGGUUAUGAUCGGAACAAAUACAAAGAGGAGAGUGACUAUGCAUUGCGGUUUAUGGAGAGCAGUUGGAGAGAUCAGCAGAAAGAGGAGGCCAGGAGUUUACGCCUGGGCAUCAAGGAGGACGAGGAGGAGCUGCGUUUGGAGGAGGAGGAGAAUAAGCGGAAACUAGCGCUCUUAAAAGCCAAGAGGAGAAAGAUUUAGGAGGGAGGAGGAAAAAAAAAAGAAAACAAAAACACAGAAAAUCCGCUUGAUAUGAACUUUGGGUCAAGGAGGAAUGUUAGAGUGAGGAUCAGGUGCCUCUCGCUGCUCUCACUUGUUGUAUUUUUUAUUUAUUUGAAAUUCCCCUGAAAGGGAGCAGUUUUUGCACUAUGAAGAGCGCCUUGUCUUAGUGAGAUACACUGAGGAAAAUAAUGUAAUGAAAAGCAAUCGCAGACUUCAUUUUUGUACCGACAGCAAAUCAUGCAUAUAUGUACGUUUGGAGGCCUUACAUCUGACUGCAUUUCUUCAAACAGAUCAGACACCGUGGAGAUAAUUUUAUUCUAUUAAUAUAAGUAUGGUAAAGUAAAAACUGCCAUUUGUUUGAAUUGUACUGCGCUAUUUUUCUUGUUAAAAGUGAUUUGUCGAAUGUC